GGGGUUGAGAUCCGUGCAACACCUCAAGCUGACAGCCGUAUUUUUAUACGCAAGUUACCCCUCACGUAAUAAGAACUACGUUUCCCAUAAACACACGCGGUAAAGAAACGUCAGUUCCGGGGGCAAACACUAGUCUUCUGUGAUUGAGUAGGAUGUUUCUUGCAGCCUUAGGUUCUUUAUUGGUGACAUGCAACGUUUAGGAUCUGUGCAGCAGAAAAUUCCAUGCCUUUUUCUUACAGACGUGAAGGAUGAUCCUUCAACUAAACGGGAAUAUCAGCCCUUUAGGGUGCUUGCAACUGAACAGAUUAACCCUAAGGCAUUAGACGGAGACAUAUAUAAUGCCAUUCCAACAGAAAAGGUGGAUGGAACAUGUUGUUGUAUUACUAGACACAAAGGGCAGCCAUACCUGUGGGCUCGCUUGGACAGAAAGCCCAAUAAACAAGCAGAGAAGAGAUUCAAGAAUUUUCACCGCUUAGGCAGUUCUAAAGAAUUUAUUUGGAAUGUAGAGCAGGAUUUCAAAACUGUCCCAGAUUCCUGGAUUCCUGCAGCAAAGAUGUUACAGUUAAAUGGAAAUGUACAACCUGAUGAAAAUGGCCACAUUCCAGGCUGGGUUCCUGUAGAAAAAUACAGCAAGCAGUAUUGCUGGCAUUCUUCUGUGGUAGACUACGAAGCAGAGGUUGCACUAGUUCUGAGACCUGAAUCAAGUGAGCAGAAUCUUCUAGAAAUCACCAUUGUGCCACUGUCUGAUCUUCUAGAGCAAACCGUGGAACUUAUUGGCACAAAUGUUAAUGCAAAUCCAUAUUCACUGGGGAGUAAGAAGCACCCGAUUCACCUCCUUGUUUCACAUGGAACGAUUCCAGUACAGAACCCCCCAGCACUGAAUCAGAAGGAUCUCAUUUCUUGGUUUCAGGAGAGUAAAGAAGGAGAAAUAGAAGGAAUCGUUUGGCACUGUACUGAUGGGACAUUAGUAAAGAUUCAUCGGCACCAUCUUGGAUUAAAAUGGCCGUUACCUGAUACCUAUCUGAGUUCUCACCCAGUUGUAAUCAAUGUUGACCUCUCUACAUUUGAACAUGAUUUUGAAUCAAAAUCUUCUUUUACUAAUUUCUCAAAACUGAAUGGACAGAGAUUUGAACAUCUUAAAGACAUUCACUUUGAUAAUGCUUAAGAUCAGGAGGAAUGAACAAAUGCACUUCUGGAAGCUUUCAGUGCUAUGUACAUAUAUGUUUUGACAUUCCACAAAAAAAUUUCUGCUUGGCAGAAUAAAACAUCUCCAUUGUUACUUCUGUAGGCCUCUGCAGUUAGGGAAUUGUGAAUUAUAAAAAAAAAUCUGUGGUCUUGUAAAAUGGUACAUCUUUAUCUGGUUAAAACUAAUUUAAUUGACCAUUGUUACUUAUCAUUAAAAUACUGUUAUGUCUGUGGUAUUGUUUAAGUUUAGAAAUAUUUCCACAGUCACGUGUUAAUAUUUUAUGGAUGGAGUCACUGUGCUUUUUAAAUACAGCUGCAUAAAUCAUACCCAUAGUCAAAGAAAUGUACAAAAAGCAGUCCAUCAGAUGCUUAAAAAGAGCAACUUUGGCAUGAAGUUUUAUAAAAGCACUUUUGACCAUUUAAAUUUACUGUAAUUUCGUUUUUCCCAGGAGUAAAAUGCUGUUUGGUAAUACACCAAAAAGUUUUGAUAUCAAGAAUGUUUGUUUUUAUAUUUUGUUUGUUUGCUAUUGAGGGCCACUACAACAACAAAAUAUGUUAUUGGAGUUCUGUAUUUCAGUGUGGUCAAGGUACGUUGAUGAAAAUGAAAGUGCUGCUUUGACAAGACUUAAAAUAACUAAAUAAAAAUAGAAGUCUGGUCUUCUAAA